GCUGGGCAUUUUACCAUGCCUCCCACCCGAGACCCUUUCCAGCAGCCUAUGUUGGAUAACGAUGAUUCCUACGUGGGGACACUGAGGGCUUCCAAGAAACUGCCAUAUAAGAACCCAACUCACCUUGCUCAGCAACAGGAGCCCUGGAAUCGGCUCAACUCAACCCACACGACCACCUCCCUGCGGCGGAGUGCUUACUUUUCUGAAUCUGAGAUUCCAAAGGAUGACCUGGACUUCCGCUUAGCAGCCUUGUACAACCACCACACGGGGGCAUUCAAGGACAAGAGUGAGAUCUUGAUACACCAGGAGACCAUCCAGGAUACCCGCGGAAUCAAGACCCAAUUCCCUGGAGAAGUUCUACCCCCUCCCUCACCACCCCCCAUCACUUCCCGCGCCAACAUCAGACACUGGAUCAGCCCGAAGAAGGACUCCAUCCACAGCAUCCAGGGGUCCAUCAUGUCCCCUCACACCGCAGCCACCAAUGGAGGCUACUCCCGAAAGAACGAUGGUGGCUUCUUCUCCACCUAA